AUCUCGCGCGCUUUUCGGACAACAUGGAGAUUUUGGGAACAGAUGUAUUACUGCAUAUUUUCUCGCACCUCGAUGCUCAAUCCCUGUGCUCAUGUAGUCAGGUUUGUAAACAGUGGUAUGAAGUUUCCACUAUCUCCAGCUUAUGGAAAAUGCUCGUUUUCCAGCAGUGCAGGAAGCGAAAUAUCAGACCACAUCUCGGGAGAGCUGAAACUUGGAAAGAAAGGUUCUUUCAACUACAUUUUAAAUGUUUGUAUCGUCGAUCAAGCCAAAGAGAGUUUCUAAAACCGUCAUACGAUGAGCUUGAAAAGUCUCUAAAGCGAUUGGAAAGGGAAAGAUACGUCAUACUCUACGUAAAGGCGAAAAACGGGAUACGGGAAUUUGUUAAGAUGGCUGGAUUUGAAUACCGACUAGGGAACGCUUACUACGAACACACGAAAUCCGAGACAAUUAGUCAAAAGAAGCGCAUAAUUUUACAAGAUAAGGCCUCUGGAAGUAUAUACGAAAGCCCUGCAGCUCGAGAAAUGGUUGGCUUGGGUAAAGGAAUGCAAGAUUGGAAUAUCCAACCUGGUCCUACUGGAGAUGCAGCCCGCCAUCCACAGGGAGCGCAACACCAGUGAUGAAGCUUGCUCUUGGUGAGCAGAGGAAUGAGACCACCUGACUGAACUCUCGACCCUCACCAAAGCGCCUCAUGGGUGUGGACUGAAUGCGCUUCUGGACAGGUUCGGCAGAGACUCCACCCAUGGCUCUAGUCAUAUUGUGCCAUGCGUCAGACAUUAUGUAGCCAGGGAUAACAGCAUUGACAGUAAUUCCGCGCGGAGCCAAGACUUGUGCAUAGUAUCUCACCUGUAAUAAGGGAUAGCAAAUUCAAUCGUGACUAUGCAAAAGAAUAGAAAGCUGAAUAGUAAGUGAAAAUAUACUUAUUGUAAACCUGAUAUAAACCCCAGCAAAUUUGAAUGCCACUUUGCUACAGGUAGCCAUCCAGCUAGGAAGUUCUCCCCUUUACCCCUCAGGGUGUAUAAUGAACACUCAUUAUUGCCAGUGCCUUAUUACCUUGCUAUUUCUGCUUUGUAUUUAAAUAACUAUUACUGUUUUGUGUUUAAAUAACUAUUUUGUAUGUGUAAUACUUGCUAAUUUGGGAUAGGCAUUGCUAGUGGGAGAGGGUGUGUGGACAGCGGUCUCACAAGUUUGGCGGAAAUUUGAUACUACCUCCCCCCCCACCCUAAAAUAUUAGGGAUAGCGAGUCUUCAUUAAAAAUGUUGGUAUAAUAAGGACAUACGCUAUGUCUGGCCCCCUUUAGGAAAAGCUGAGCUACGACAAUGAACUGUGUAUUUUUGCAAGUAGGGCUUUUCCUAUGGUGUUUCUCGGUUGUAAAGAUAUUCGCGAUUUUUGGCUACUCGCGCUGUUUUGGUUCCUUUUUCAUGUUGAGAAGAAAACUACAAACGAACAACGAAUCUGCAAAUAAAGAGCUAAAAAUAAA